CCCGCCCCCUCUUGCGGGGUCGUCCUUAUUGCCACCCACUUCGGCCCCGCCAGUCAGCCUGCACGUCAUUCAUUCGUUUCUUUUGUCAGUCGACUCAACUGAAUCGAGUUAUCCAGUAGUUGUGCUUUCCUAUGUAGCAAGCAUGUCAGCGGCAUCCGGUUCGAUACGUUUCUGUCUGGCACAUAGGUAGCUAACACAUACCUACGAGAAAAGUCAAGGGCAUUCUAGUGACCUCGAUACGUUAAUCUGUCUGGUAUUUGUUCGAGAAAAGUCGCGAAUAUUCUACUGUUUUCUUGCACAGAGAACCUUCGAUACUUAGAGUUAUAAAUACGGACUAUUCGUCGAAUAGGAAGCUAGUUUAGAUUCAAAAGCAGAAAUAUGAAGACUGAAGAAUGAAUAAGUAAAAAGUCCUAGUUGUAGCAAGUGCAAGUGUGAAGAUUAGUCAAGAAUGAGAGUGAUCAGUUGAUUGUGAAGUAUUAAUAAUAGUAAUUCAUAGUAAUUUCUCAGUUAAAAUAUUGUUACGAGAGGAGUUAGGUAUGGGAAACUAUUGAUGCGUACAUCUCCAGAAUAAUGAAUGUGAAAUUGGAUUUUGCUAGUGAUAUAACUAAAGCAUACUCUGCUCUGGAUGUCACCACCUCGAGGACAAAUUUACUGAGAGAGGAUUUGAAUCUGCAGCAAACUUAAAUGGAAGAGUAAGAAAUCUUGAGCAGCUGGUCACCUCUGCAAUGGCUGCAGAUAUUGAUAUAGCUUAUGGAAAAAAAGUGGGAACUAAUGAACCAUGCUUCAUUAUUGCCGAAAUCGGUCAGAACCAUCAAGGUGAUAUUGGAAUAGCUAAGAAACUAAUCAGUUGUGCAAAGAAAAGUGGAGCUGACUGUGUGAAAUUCCAAAAAUCUUGCUUAUCCGAAAAAUUUAAUGCUGAAGCUCUUAAUCGGCCUUAUGAAAAUGAGAACUCUUGGGGUAAAACAUAUGGUGAACAUAAAAGAUUUUUGGAAUUUGAUCAGGAGCAGUUUAGAGAGUUGCAGCGAUAUGCUGAAGAAGAAGUUGGAAUAAUGUUCUCGGCAUCAGCAAUGGAUAUGGUAUCAGUUGAUAUGCUUGACUCUCUGAAUGUCCCAUUCAUAAAAAUUGGUUCUGGUGAUGCAAACAAUUUUCCCUUGUUGAGAUAUGCAGCAUUUAAGAAACGGCCCAUGUUCAUAUCUACAGGUAUGACAGACAUGGAAAUAGUGAAAAAGAUAUAUCACUGUGUUCGACCUAUCUUUAGUAAAUUUUGUUUAUUGCACUGUGUUUCAUCGUAUCCUACAAAGCCCGAGGAAGUCAACUUGAGAGUUAUCACUACAUUCAAACAGGAAUUUCCUGAUAUACAUAUUGGAUAUUCUGGACAUGAAGUUGGGAUAGCAAUUUCAAUAGCUGCUAUUGCUAUGGGAUCCAAGGUGCUAGAGCGGCACAUAACGCUCAACAAAAGUUGGAAAGGAAGUGAUCACAAAUGUUCGUUAACACCAGAGGAAUUUACAGAAAUGGUAACAAAUAUAAGAAUCGUGGAACAAGCACUAGGUAAUCCUCAAAAGAAGAUUCAGCCCAGUGAGUUACUGUGCUAUAAAAAGCUAGGUAAAACAUUGGUAGCUGGACGAGAUUUGAAGCUGGGGUCUUUACUGACACAACAUGAUAUUAAAAUUAAAGUAGCAGAACCCAAAGGGAUAAAGGCUGAAGACAUGGAACAUGUUCUUGGGAAAAAAUUAAUCAGAGAUAUUAAGAGAGAUGAAAGCAUAUGUUUAACAGAUCUGACUGAAAUCCAAAGUCUCUCAAAUUUAACUGUUACACAACCAGAAAGUUAAAGAUAUCAGUGUUUAUAACUAGGAGCAAGAAAACCAUUGUAAUGAGUGCUCUUAUUCUCAGUGGAGCACCUGCAUGAUCAGAAUAAUCUAUUGCGAUAACUCAGAUCUCUUCAUUUUAUGAUGUUCUGCAGGUCUGCAACCUUAACCCUUCGAUUAGGCAUGCCGAUUUUCAUAACACAAUGGGCACUUGGCAUACUUUGUACACAACUAUAGCAUGUCUGUCGUGUUACGAAGGUAAACAAGUAUGAGCAAAAUCACAGCUUAACCUUAGUUUAAUUAAACAAUGAUAAAAUUAACUUAGAUUAUAUGAGCUAAAUCAUUGUUCAAUUAAACAAUGAUAAAAUUAACUUUCAUUGAAUCUCUCUGUUGCCACGCACUAGGAGCAUUAAACAGCACAGUUGCAUCAUUGCGAGCUAAACACUUAUUUGAUUACAUAUUAUCUUGUGCUGUUAGCUCAGAAUCUGGCUUAUUUUCUUGCACGGAUCGUAAAUUUUUUCUCACCUAGCUCGGUGUUUAUUUUAUAUAACUGCUGCUCGCUUGGACCUAUGACAACAGAACUUAUCACUGUGUUAGCUGAAGCAAUAACAAAGGAAUAAGUAUGGUCUUGCAAUUAUAAAACAACAAUGGAAUGGUACAAGACAAUCUUAUUUGUGGUUGGCACACAUCAUAAAUAGGUGCACCUGCUCGAGGGUUAAUGUUAUUCUAAUUGUUCUGCAAGACACAAGAGAAAGAUCUAAUCAUCAUCCGUCAGAAGAUGAACUUGAGAAAAUCUGACAGGAACAGAAAUUAUGAAAGUAUAUGAAUAUUCAACUACUGCAAUUUUUAAGCAUUUUGCCUAUCAGGCUAAAGAAACAAAAUGCAAAGAAAAUUAAGUUAAGAAUCCAUAGUUACUGAAGGGCUGAAAAAUCACUGCAAAAUGUGAAUUAAGGGGUAUUUGAAAUAAAGGAACUUAGCUGGAAAUCAAAAGGGGCUACAUACAUAGAUAUCAAAGUACUAUCAAAGAUUGGAGCUCAACUUUGAAAGAGCGGAUAUAGAUGAAACAGGAAGGAAAGGAAUGCCACAAAGAUUUUGGGGAAAGAUGAGAGAGAUCCAAAUUAGAUCUAAAAAGUGGCUUCCUAGAGCACAUUUAAAACUAUCCAUCCUACCUUCCACCAAAUUUUACUUACAUUCUAUGUUCUCCUUCUCUUCUUCUAAUGUUUUAUUUCUGUCACUAUAGAUUUUUUAUCUUUUUUUUUAUAACCAUUGUUUACUCGUUCCUUUGCAAAUAUGCUCCACUCACCCCUUCUUUCACUCUAUUUCUGUUUUCCCUAAUCUUUCAUAUCCAUUUACAUCAUGUGAGUUGUUUGAGGUUUGAUUUCUCAUUCUCAAACUCUUAAUAGUUUGCUAAAAUUUGAGUCUCUUGCAUUUAAUAUUGUUCUGGUUCCAAUUUCUUUCAUCCGCCUACUGUCUUCCUUGAUGCACAGCUUCUUAUCACUUUAGCUAAUUACUCAUGAUAUAAGCACAUUUAUUCUGUAGCAGUUAUGUAGUUAUUCCAUUUCAUUAUAGCUUCAGUUCAUAUUGUAUGUAUAUCAAACUGAACCAUUGUGUGGUUGUGAGCUCUUAUUUCAAAGA